AUGGAUGAAGACGAUAGGCGGAAUCCUAGCCCCCCGCCGGGUCUCGAAGAGUUCGCGAGUGAAACCACAAUCGGAGACACGACGUUUUCAAAAUCUUGGCUAUUCCAAAUCCUGAUGGACACAAUUAAAGAGGGACCUCAGCCACGGAGAGACGAGGAUGGUGACGCGGAGAUGGUGAAUCUCAGUGAAGACAUCGAGGAACGAUUGUGUAUCCUGUGGGAUAUAUCUGCGAAUCAGGAGGUAUCGGCCUUCCUCCUGGAAUUCGACACACCGACGCUCUUCGUCGGUCUCAUCUCUCCGACAAAAUCCCCUCGGCUCGUGGAAAUUCUCGUCGGAAUCCUCGGAAACAUGUGCACCUUCGAAGAAAUUUGUGAACCGGUAUCGAAAACGGAUUGCUUGGUCCGCGUCUGUCUGUGGCUAUUGGGGAGCACCGAUGUCCCGACACUUCUACAACUAUGCAGGCUGCUACAGACUUGCCUAGCGCACAGAUCCGCUUCAGCGAUAUGGAUCGACAGCAUUCGUGAUAAUUUGGCGCCUACAGUCGAUCACCUCCAGCACAUCCUCUGCAAUUCUAUGAACGGUGAUCUGUUGAGUUCCACUUUGAGAUUGGUCCACCGGAUCGUGGACACGCAUUCCUCGGUCAAACUCGCGACCGCGAACUUGGAAUUCGUGAGGGCUCUCACUUCGGCUGCAAUGCAAUUUCUAUCCCGAAAUGACGUCCUGCGAAGCUACUGGCAUAUUCUCUAUACACUCGAGUGCGAAACGCAAUUCGCGCCCCUGCUCGAUUUGUGUGUAGAUGAUUUCGUCUGCCUACUCAAAGCUUUCCUCGCAAGUCUACCCGACGACAGCACUCGAGCCGAAAGAUACCAGCUGCUCUGUCUGCCGUACUCUUUCCUCGCAAGUCUUACGGACAAAGGAAGGCAUCUGCUGCUCGACGAUUCCGCUGUGAGCGAGUGCACAUUUCAACUACUCCAUGAGAUGCGAGAACCCCUUCCGGAAGACGACUCCCUGAGAGAUACCCUAGAGGGCGCGCUAAGUGCACUCACCAGAGGCGUUGCUCGCUGAGAGCGCGAGCCUU